GAUUCAUAAAUUGCAAUGCCAACACGUUACAGUCGCUCGCGCAGUUACACGGCAAAUCUCCGUUCUUCCCGAGUCUCGAUGAACCAACCGGUACACUCUUGGAGGAUCCAAACGCACCUAGUCAACUCGAUGGUGUUGGAGUCGGUGUUGGCGUUGGUGUUGGUGUAGGAGUUGGUGUCGGUGUCGGAGGUGGAAUAACUGCUUCCCAAGCGGCACCGCUUUCUUCACCGAGUCGUAGCAGUCCUCACAGUCAGGGUAGCGAGACCGGAGAACGUUUCUCUAGGAAAGUCUUCGUCGGUGGCCUGCCACCGGAUAUUGACGAAGACGAAAUCACAGCCAGUUUCCGUCGUUUCGGACCCCUAGUCGUCGAUUGGCCGCACAAAGCAGAGAGCAAGUCAUACUUUCCACCUAAAGGUUACGCUUUCCUGCUUUUUCAGGACGAAGGCUCGGUGCAACAGUUGAUAGAUGCAUGCAUCCAAGACGAGGACAAGCUUUAUCUCUGUGUGAGCUCGCCGACGAUCAAAGACAAGCCGGUACAAAUAAGACCAUGGCGGUUGAGCGACGCGGAUUUCGUGUUGGACGCCUCGAUGCCACUCGAUCCACGAAAGACUGUCUUCGUUGGUGGCGUCCCACGGCCGUUAAAGGCCGCUGAACUCGCUAUGAUCAUGGAUCGACUUUAUGGAGGUGUUUGCUAUGCUGGCAUCGAUACCGAUCCCGAGUUGAAGUAUCCUAAGGGUGCCGGUAGAGUAGCUUUCAGUAAUCAACAGAGCUACAUUGCUGCGAUCUCAGCUCGAUUCGUGCAACUCCAGCACGGUGACAUCGACAAAAGGGUCGAGGUAAAACCGUACGUAUUGGACGAUCAGAUGUGCGACGAGUGUCAAGGUCAGCGUUGCGGUGGCAAAUUCGCACCAUUUUUCUGCGCCAACGUAACGUGCUUACAGUACUAUUGCGAGCACUGUUGGGCGACGAUUCAUUCUCGACCAGGUCGAGAGUUCCACAAACCUCUGGUGAAAGAAGGUGCGGAUCGGCCUCGACCCGUACCUUUCCGCUGGUGUUAACCCCCGCUGCGCUGUCCCUAAUUGUCUCGCAGCCCUAGCUAAUUAACUACCACUUCUACGAAAACCCACCCAACCCCCCCCCUUCCCUAAUACAAUCCAAGGAUCCACAAUUCCCUUAUUACUUACCUACAGCAACAGCAGUUUCGAUCAUCAACUUAACUCCUCCAACAAGAUCCACAACUACCACCACCACCACCACCAUUAUUACUACCACCAUCCACCGUUACUACAGCUCGAUCGUCACUACUACCACUACUCCACUGCUACCACUAUUGCUACUAUUACUACUACUACUACUACUACUACUACUACUAUU